AUGGCUCGAGAUGAAGUGCAGCGCUUCAUUGGAGCAAGGGACUUGACUGUGCUCGAAGGUCGUCCUCUGGUGUUUGAGAAGAACUCUGCUUUCAAAAGCUACCUGUGCUGCAAUGGGCAGAUAGCAAAUCUGGCUACUUGGUGCAUCCCAGCUUGCUUCUGUCCGGUUGGCACAUUCUGUCCAGGCCGGUUGUAUGAGCACUUCAGCUUACAGCUAGGUGCAGACUCCUUGAAGUACUCCACAGCUACCAAUGACUGCUGCUGUCACAUUGCCUACGAGCAGAAGACUGUGCCCUUGGACAAAAUCCAGGAUGUGGAGCUGCAAACAGAUUGCCUGCUCAGCUGUUUCGACUUGAAAAAGAUCGCCGUCCAGACAGCAGGGCAGGGCGGCCCCGGCGCCGAGGUCCAGGCGGCUUUCCUGACUGCCCCAGAGGAGGUCCGUGACGCCAUCCAGCUGGCAGUCAAGUGCCACCGCGAGGCACCCACUACCGCCCCCCAGCAGCAAGCCGGCAUGCUCCGGGGGCCAGCCGCCGCCAAAAAUAUGCUGCAGCGGCUGCAGGGUUUGGAUCAGCUGGUGAAGCGGGGAGUGCUGACGCAUGAGGAAGCCGGACGGCUUCGGACGCCGGUGCUGGUGGCGGAUUCGGACCCCACGCAGCGGCUAGUGGAGGUGGCGGAGCUGGCUGAUACGCAGGUCAUUUCGCGGGAGGAGUUCGGGGAAGUCAAAGCCGCGCUGCUGGCGCAGAUCAUGAGGGCUUAG